GGCCUGGGGCACAGCACAUGGUGUGAACAUUUGGAUCCUUUACGCACACUUCUACCUAAACGAACCUGACAAAACUGCGAUGCAGACACACAGAAAUCGUGCACAGGAAUUAGGUAAUAAUCUAAAUAUCUGUAGUGACAGUGUUGCUGGCGCUUUCGCCUGGCUACAAAUGUAUUCUUUGUUCCCAGGCAUGUACAAUCAGUCCGCACCAUGCGAAACGGUAGAUCGGAGUUGUCUCCCUUGUUCUCACAUGUGCUCCACCCGCAUGCGCUGAUUGGAUUAAAAAUUACCCCGGCUACCACCAUCGUUUGAGGGGCUGUUUUUUUACCCUCACACUGAGAAACGCCCACCCGAACGGCCGGGAAAGUCACUGCAAACUGAAAUACACGCUGCCUGCCCACAGAGCAUUCAGGAGACGCUGCUGUCUGUAGAAGGGCACUGAGUGUAUAGCCUACUGAGUCACAGCUUUUUAAAAACCCUUACAAGUAUUAAGACAGGUUGCGUCAGUUUCAGUGACCGAGUCUUUUUAGCAUUUUUGUAUGUAAUUUGAAUCUAAGAUGAUACACUAACCAAGGCUUGUCUGGAAAUUGCUGAGUGCGCUCACGCUUUGGGUGAACAAGUGGCGCAAGCUCCGGUUCUCUUUCAUUUGUUAUUAGGGACGAGACGCAGACAGGUCGGAGUUAACGUACUUUAAUUAAGUAUUUAUGACCUGCCGUUUAAGGUAGGCAACAGUCGAGCAGCCUCUUUUCUCCAUUAUUAAUUGUAGACACUUGCCAAGUGAGCUGUGAUGCCAGUUGCGGACAGCGACAUGGUAGUGGACAACAGCCAUGGGUUACAUGAGGGUAAAACUCCAAACAGUGCCGGGGAUGAGAGCAUCCUCCCGGUCUCCCUAUGCAGCCCUGCAGCGGACAUCCUCAAGAACUUUUACCACACCAAACGGGUCGGGAACUAUCUGAUCGGGAGGAAGCUCGGAGAAGGAUCGUUCGCUAAAGUUAGAGAGGGUCUCCAUGCGUUGACUGGAGAAAAGGUGGCAGUGAAGGUGAUCGACAAGCGGAAAGCCAAGAAGGACUCAUAUGUGACCAAGAACCUGCGGAGGGAGGGCCACAUCCAGCAGAUGAUUCGCCAUCCCAACAUCACACAGCUGCUGGACAUCCUGGAGACAGAGAACAGCUAUUACCUGGUGAUGGAGCUGUGCCCUGGCGGAAACCUCAUGAACCGAAUUUACGACAAGAAGCGUCUGGAUGAAAGGGAGACUCAGAAAUACAUCCGACAGUUGGUGCUGGCAGUUGAACACCUGCACAGGGCGGGUGUGGUGCACAGGGAUCUGAAGAUAGAAAACCUCCUGCUGGAUGAACAGGACAACAUAAAGCUCAUAGAUUUUGGCCUCAGUAACUGCGCUGGCAUUUUAGGAUACUCAGACCCGUUCAGCACCCAGUGCGGAAGCCCAGCCUAUGCUGCCCCUGAGCUGCUCUCCAGGAAGAAGUACGGGCCAAAGGUGGAUGUCUGGUCCAUUGGUGUGAACAUGUAUGCAAUGCUGACUGGGACUCUCCCGUUCACUGUGGAGCCCUUCAGUCUCCGAGCCCUGCACCAGAAGAUGGUAGACAAGGAGAUGAACCCUCUACCUCCCUCACUCUCCACAGCUGCCAUCUGUCUCCUGAAGAAGCUCCUCGAGCCAGAUCCCAACAAACGUCCCAAUAUCCAUCAGGUGAUGGCUGAUUCCUGGCUACAGCUGGCCAACAAGAACACAGGGGCACCAUACCUCAACAGGAUUCACAUCGAGGAAAUAAACCACACGGUACUGCUGCAUAUGACGGAGAAAAUGGGCUACAAGCACAGUGAGGUCCUUAGCGCCGUCCUCACCAACCGCGCCUGCCACACUUUGGCCGUCUACUUCCUCCUCAACAAGAAAAUGAAGAGACUCUCUAAAGAGUACAGGGAGAUGCAGUUCAAAGAGAAAAAGAAAGGAGAAAAGCAGAAAAAUGAAUAUUUCCAGACCCAGUGGAGAAAGCAUGUCGACAAGCUCACCAUCCCCCCCAAACAGCCGCCUGUCUACCUGGCUGUUAGCAAGGGGCCCAGUAAAGAGAAAAAACACAGGACAGGUCUAUUGCGUGCCAUAACCGGUGGCCAUCGUAAUUCACCUCUAGCACCACCCGGCACUGUUGCUUCCUCAUCCAUGGAAUAUCUAGAGAUCCAUCCUGUCUUGCCUAAUACUCCACAGCAACGGAGGCGGUUGGCCACCCUUCCACAAGUUAAUACACAUUCCUUCGGCUCCCUCUCCAAAGCUGAACAAAUCGAAGACACCCCAGCUUCACCCUGGUACAAGCUGAUCAACGGUACUCUGUCCCCACCCCGUCACGUCUCUGCCUUCCAACCUGACUCCUCUUACUUGAAAAAAGCCACAAUCCCCAGUCCUCCGGUCCUCAUUGUCAAUCCACAGCCAAAGAAGAGCAUCUCAUCAGAUUGGUGCGGUUCUUCCGACACCAGCGGUAGCCCUCCUAGCACCGUAGGAAGCCCCCCAGGCAGCUCGGCUUUCAGCCCUCCGAAGUCCGCGUUUAGUCCCCUCAACCCCACCUCAGCAUUCAGUCCUCCUUCCAACAGUGGUAACAGUGACCCUGACAGCCCGACACACCGCAGCAAGUUCCCCUCAAUGGGAAUCGGACAGAUCCUAAAGAAGAAGGUCCAGCUGCAGCCGUUCGCUUUCCGCCCAGAACAGGUCAUCGAGGAAGUGGUGUCCCCACCUCCCUACCCCAUGCAGACUCUCCUCUGCGCUUCAGGUGCACUCAAGACCCUCUGCUGAGGGAUACAAGACAAAAGAAAAUGAAACACAGACUGAACUCAAAACCCCUCUCAACAUUUUAUUUAAGUUGGAGAGGUCUUCCGCAGCGGCCUUCUGAACUGUGAACUGACCCUUUAUUGCAACUGAGCCACUUUUUGUGAGACUUUUUUUUUUAAUUAAAAAAUAAGAAAAAAAGGGGUUUGAGUGAGAGUAUAAAAUAUACUCUUAUUAUGUAAUAAGAAGAGGUGACACUGAGAAGAUGAGAUUUAAAACAGAUACCUGAGCACUGACUAAACCUUACCGUGUCUUAGAUACAGAGUGGACAUGGGACAUCCUGUAAUACGGCAACAGCGAACAACAUGUACACACAAAACACUCUAUUAUUGACUGAGAUUUUCUUUUAUGUAAGCUGUAACUGGUUACUAAUUGAGCCACAGACUGAUUCACACCAGCUAAUAGACCCCAACUCUUGCCCUGACCCUGAUUACAUGUAUAAAUGUUUUGUCUCUGUGAAAACUCUCCAAGAUUCCCACUGACCUCCAGCCAGCUGGCACUGUAUCCUCAACGCUGACUGGAUGAAGAAGCUCACUGCACUAUUCUUGAAAACCAAAACCUAUAAUAACAACAGUGUUUACCAUCUUUUACCUCACUGCAUUAUUCAGACAAUAAUGUACAACAGCAGUCGACUGUGACAUGCUUGCGUGGAUUUUGCCACAGCGUCUGAGCCUUAGUGCCAUUAGAAUCACCAUACAGAAACAGAAGAGUAGAGCCAUAGUCUCACUUUUUAUAGCUCAACAUUCUCAUAAACUGUCACUCAACCCUGACAGUAAUUCACAGCUAGAACUUUGUGUAUACAGGUGUUACAGCACCUCUGUAACCCACAGGGAAACUCAAAGUGUCGAAGUCUUAGUUAUGACUUUCUCACAGCUGCAUAUGCCUCUUCAUAGUCAGUUAAAAAAAAGUAUCAGAGGCUCUAUGAAACCGAUCAACCUCACCACAGGCUGAGGGUAUAAAGGUGCAAAGGAUCACAUAACAUCCAUGAAAAUAAUUCAUUUCCUUUUGUCCUAAUGCUGUAGUUUGUGCAAUAGUCUUAAGUGUUAACUGCAAUGAUGAGUAUUUGCCAAUUGCUCUCUGAGAGUGAUGUGAAAAUUGUGCUUGUAAAUAACAGUACGACACCUGUGUUCCUGUCACUUAUGCCUUUCUGUAAGAAGAGAUUCAAAAGUGAAAUGUUCAUGUCUCAGUUGCUUCACAAAACUGCCUGACUCUAGGAAAAGGCUUCCACGGCCACACGAGGCUUCUCACUGUUAAGAAACUGUAGAAUCUCUUCCUGUCCAAACAAAAAGUUGCAUGCAAUGUUUUAUGAGUCAAAUUGUACUGUCAAGAUUUGAAAUUAAGUCUUUGUAGCUUUUUUUCUGGUUGAUACUGAGAUUGAUACAGACUCGGGGGUCUUUUGUAAGAUUUUGUAAUUGAUGGUUUUGUUUGAGUGUCAAG